AUGCGCAGGCGCAGGACGGGUCCGCACUUUGUGAUGCUUGUGAUGGACAUACGGCGACGCUGCUGCCUCUCUGUGCAUGUGUGGUUACGCCUCUGGAGGACACCUGCUGACCCGUCUGCUGGCGCUGCCUCGUGCGCGACGCACGGCGCCGGUUUGCAACGUUCUGGACAGGUGCGCGAAAUCCAGCUGCGCCGUCAGGAGCUCCACAUCGAUGGUUCACUCGAUCUUGCGAUAUCCACCACUGUAACGAAUUAUAGCUUUUGCGUGGCAGAGCAGGUGCUUCGAGGCCGGAUGGAUCUUCGAAUCCAACUGCUCACAUUUUUGCUGAGAGCUUUGGAGUGCCUGGAGUUAGUUCGUGGGCUAUGUGCAGUGCCUAGCAUUGAGCUUAGUGAAAUCUACACAGUGGUUACCCAUUUUAUGGCAGUCUCUUCCAGUAGUGUCAGUCCGCCAGAUUCUUUGGUGCUGCACUGGGCACCGGGUGAUAUCUCCAGUACCGUCGAAGUUCCGGAGGUACCUGUGUCAGCUGGUUUCCAAUCCCUUAACCACCUAACUGUUAAGCGCAUCUUCGGCGCUAAAGUGAUUACAGCCAUAUUCUUUUUUUCGCAUGAUGGUGCGCGCUUCACGGCUUUGUGUCUGGAUUUGGAUGCACCAGGAAGCGAACUUGUCUGGGUGCCUCCCAGCAUACCACUCACUGCAGGUGCUGUAAUUAUUUUCAGAUAA